AUGGCUGCUAAGAUGAGCAGUGGACUCCUGACGAGACUCCUUCUCUUCUUUCUGGUUCCGGUGAUGAUUCAGGUCGGUGAAGCUAUAUUGCAAGACAUGCCUCCCACUGAUACAAGGUGCGUGUGUCAAGAAAUCAAUAGUAAUGUCGACAUAAUCUCCGAGGAUCAUUUCGCUAUCUCAGUUAAGGUGACCUCCCCAUACAACAAAAAUAUUAGCAUCAACGUUGACCGCAGUAAAACUACUCAGAAAGAAAAGAUUGAGGGAAUGGAGGUGGAGAUUAGAAAACUUGAAGGCACAGUCAAAGCCAUCCAUGAAAAACGGGUAAAAGAAUCUUCAACUUGCACCGAUGUGAUGACAGUGAGUGCGAACACGAACACGCUAUUAGCUUCGUACAACACGCUAUUAGCUUCGUACAGUGUAAUGGCGGUGAUUAUUUGCAUUAUGGUCUCUGUUUAUCAAGCAGUCUGCUUGAAGGCAUACAUAGAGGCGAAGAAACUUACAUAA